UUUUUUCAAACUCAUCCAGGCGUUGAUGUCCCUUUUUGUAACAAUUGCAUACUGCAGAUAGAAAAAUGGAAGUCUGCAAGUUUUUCUUCAAUGUAUGACUACUGCCCUUUGGCACUUUACAGCGGUGAACGCUCAAAAAUGGAAUAUGCUCUUGCCUCCUUAAUUUACGACCCUCAUAGAAAUCUUCGAAUUUUUGUUGACGGAAAUUCAGUUCAUGAUGAUUCUGAUUCUCCAAAAAAUUUUGAUGAAAAAAUUCUUUCUGACUUAAUAUUUCCUGGCACUCCAAAUGCUAAUAUUCAAAUAUUUAUUAAAAUUGUAACUUGCAUUCUUGCCGGUGUCAACGAUGACCAAAAACCAUUUUCUCUACAACAAAGCAGCGUUCUUUUUGAUUUGCUCAAAGCCCAAAAAAUUGACAAUAUUGGAAUUGUUCGUGCUUACGAGCUUUAUAAAAGUCUUCCACAAAAUAUACAGAGAGAAUUGCAGAAAAAAUCGAAUCUUUUGGGACGGGGACUUGACUUUUUAGCCAAAAGGGAUGCUCGUUCUCUUGUUGAAAGAUAUUUACUUGCCGCAACAAUGAAAGAUUGCUCCUUAAUGAUAAGUAUUCGACUUGUUGACAAAAUUGGAGAAAAUAUAGUUAGGACAGUUGGGGGAGGUUCUGGGUUUGUAAGUGUUCGUGCUUUGGAUGGUCAAUCUCUUUAUUUUGCCUUUUCUAAUCUAGAAAGUGCCUAUAGCCGUUUUAUGGCAGGUAUUGGACUAAUUAAAUCACAUCCAAAUGUUCACCGUCCUUGUAUCACUUAUUAA